AUUUAAAUAUAUUUUAUUGAGACCUCUUGGAGUCUUGGAUUACUUCAUGGGGUGAAAUUUCUUAGUGCAUUAUCCAAAUUAAAAAUAGAAAGUAGUGUGUCACAACUGAAAUCGAGCUAUUCUAACUUGAGAUACUGAAGAAGAUAUAGUAAUAACUGUGGUUCUUGACACUGAUGAGAAAUAUAUACAAAGUUCUGUGUAGUAGGCAACGUUAUUAAACCUGCAAGUGUAUGAGCUGAGGCCACAAGCACCAUACCAAUUACUGGAACUGGAAGUGUUUUGUCAGUUUACAAUUACUGAUCAGUUAUUAUACAUUAGACACCUUGUGUGCAUGAGUGGAAUGAUUGAAUUAGUUUUUAAAAUAUGCUAAUAUAGCAUGCAGUGGAACACAGCACUACAUCUGGAACAUAAGAGAUGGCUGCAUAUACACCUGCACAUGAAAUACAUCUAUUAGCAGGGACCCCAGUGAACACUGAUGACAGUGGAUACCUUACCCCAACUUCAGCUGAAAGCUUAGAUUCUGGACCAUCUAGCAGUAAGAAGCUAUCACAAAGAUAUGCAUACAAUUAUAGGAAUCAUGCUUCGUCUACUCCUGAUGCAAUGGUGUUAUAUGCCCCAAGGGUACACUCUCACAGAGCACAUCCUUCAUUGCGCCACAAAAGGAAAAAAACAUCGCUUGGAAGGUUUACAUUAUUACAAAGGCCUGAUUCAUCACUGUCAACUGUGGAUGGAAAAAAGAAACCACCUUUUACUGAUACUGAAUUGUCAUUACAAACCAAAGGUGAAUUCUUACUGCAUGACAAUUUGGAUCAUUUAUCUUUGGUAGACAAUUCCUUUGAUUCACAAGAAAAUGGUAUCCUUGAUGACAGUGCUAUAUCAUAUGAUGAAGUGGAUGAAAAUGAGUCAGUAUGGAAAUCUGACAGUAAGGGGGGCGACACUGAACAAAUGGAUACAAAUGAAAAAGCCAAGGAUCAUCUGGAACACAUGUCAACACCAUAUGAAGUCUGUAAGCAUGACAAUGUGAACGAUAAUAAAGAAAGGGUAAAUCCUUUUGAUUCCCAGAAAGGGGAUUUACUGACAGAAGACAGUGAUUUAAUAACAGAUAUACUUACAAACUUGACAAGAAGAGAUAUUUCAGAAGGUCCUCAGAAGAUAUGUCAAACUUUUGAUUAUACUCGUGCCAUUCCAUUCUCUCUAAAGUAUUCUAGUCAGCAACAUCUAUAUUUAUUUGGGCGAGAGAAAGUAGAUUUUCUCUCCCUUCUUGGCGAAAAGAGUGAUCACAGUAUAAUUGUAAAAGCCAUACUCAGCUAUUUACAGCCUAUUGAUCUGAUGGCAGUAGCAGUGGUUUCAAAGACAUGGAACAGAGUCUGUAAAGCCGAUCGUGAUGCCUGCAGACGUAUACACUGCUACUUGGAGCAUAAACAAAAAAACAAAGAAAAUGGGGCUGAAUUUCUGGUGAACAAGUUAAAUUCAGCAGCUGCACAUAACCAUCCUAGAAUUCGUUUAAGGCAGAUCCAGAAUGUGGGAAAUGAAAACAGUAGUCAUAUUGCACAUAAUCCCCCCAGUCCACCACCGAGUCCCAGUAAACAGCGGUUUCUUCAGUUUUACAAGGCAGCACAGAAACUUGAAAAUGGCAAAAUGUUAGCUCCUUGUCCGAGAUGCUCUCUGCCAUCACAAAUUGAUGUAGCUUCAAAUGUGGGUCAGUGUACUCACGAAAGGUGUCAGUAUUUGUUCUGUUGUAUUUGUCAUUGUGAGAGCCAUAAUGGAAAUACCUGUCCCUCAGUGUCAAUCCCACGAUGCAGAAAGCGCCUUGGCUCUAUUGGGAGUAAGGCAAGUAAGAGGAAUCUGCGUAGGCUGUGACUGCUCUUACGUCACGCAGAUUACAUAAUAGCCUGGUUCUAAUACAUAAUUCACAGCCACUUGCAUAAUGUAUUAGUAUUAAUGUUCUAUGAUACUGCAGUUGAUUGUUUUGUGCUAAACUAUUUCAUGUUGUAUGGGUGGUGACCUCACCAGAAGUCCAUUAGAUGUAUAUAACAGGUUAACCGCGGAAGGAUGCCAUUUCACUUGAACCAUCCAUUUCUUUUACAUUUUCAGUAUUUGUUUCAGAUGUCAAAAUUAUCUGGAAUUAUAUGCAUAUCACUCAAGCACUGUAUGUAUGACAUUUUCAUUAAUAGCUACAGAAAUAUUAUAUGCCUUUGAAGUUGGUUGGCUGUAAUUUGUCACGCAAAUGUGCAUUACACUUUUGCAUUUUUUCAUUUUGACCGGUCUCACACACAGUACCUUGGUCAUUAAUUAUAACAUCCUGUUACUGGUGAUCUUAUGUUCUUCAGUGUGGGUGUUCUAAUUUUAAAUACUGAUAUUUUUCAUCCAUCACAAGUUUUUGUAUUAAUGUGUUAUUCUCUGUGUAUGAUAAUUAUAUUUUAAAGAUCUGAACUUGAAUAUGUUCCUAAUAUUUUAUAUAAUUUAAUUUUAAUAUUUAUAAAUUCUGGUUUGCCAUUCCAGCUGCUUACUGAAAAGUCAGUCACAGGUCUUGCUUCUUGUACUCUUUAUCUCUCUGUCAUAUAUAGUAACUGGCGUGAUAUAUAUCUGAACAUGACAUCAAUACAUCUUAUAUUUCUAUGUUAGCUUCAGUUUCUGCUGCUGGUUUUAGUUUUAAACUCCAUUAUACCAAUGUAUUAUAAGCAUUUAUGAUUAGUCACAGUUACUAGGUACUGUAUUAGUUCUCAUUCGCUAUCCAAUUUAUUUCCCUGUCAUGUUUAACAUUCAGCUUCCAUGUAAUUAAUCACAGUUAAUUCCCGGUGGUGCCCGAA